ACUGUUGCUAAAAAGGGUCCUUCCUUGUUGGUCAUGGCAGCUGAAAACAAAGCUGUUUACGAGUUCCAGCUGCCAAAACAAAGCAGCGCCAUCCAGAUCAGUUUUCCGAAGAAGAACAAACUUGUUGCUGUCGAAUUUUGCCCAUUUCAUAAUACGCUGAAAUGGGUCGGCAAAAAAAGUGUGUUUUCAUCAUAUCUGGCGGUUAAGGCUCCGAAAAGGUUAAGGGAGGUGUCCUGGCGACGAGGCAAGCUCGUCACUGUAAAGUAUGACAAGAAAGCAAAGCUGAUUUUCUACGUGACAACAAAUGGCAUAAACAGGAUGAAAUGGAAGAGUUCUGAGAAACCUCGGAUCAUUGCGAACAGAAUCAAGCCAAUGCAUGUGGAACUUGACGAAGAUAAAAGAUACAUCUACUGGUCAGAAAAAAAGAAGCCGGCUCGGUGACGUUCAGAAGAGUAGAUUAUGCUGGUUCCAAGGAGGAAAGGAUUGCUGUACUAAAAGGAAAAGAGGUGUACAGAUUUAGCAUUUUU